GCGUCUGCUAAAUGUCGAAAUGUAAUCUAAACUAGGCAAUGGGUACGCAAAGAUUUAACUGUGAACUGGUUGUAUUUUUUCAUUGGUAGAUAUUAAUCUGUUUCUCUCUCAGGGAGAAGAGGAAAAGCAGUCGCCCGGAGCUCCUGAACACCUUGCAAUGGGAGAUCGCGCCACAUGGAUCACUAACGACUCCAUCAUUAGACCAGUGGGAUUUUACAUAGUCGGAUUUACGUAUUUGAAGUAUGCUUAUUUAUAUGUAAUAUUCCUUGUAGCUGUAUAUAUUAUAACAGUUUUGUCCAACUCCAUUAUCAUUUCCAUUAUAUUUAUAGAUUAUCGCCUGCACACAGCAAAGUACAUUGCGGUGGCUAAUCUGGCGAUUGUCGAUUUGGUGCUGAGUACAAGUAUUAUUCCUAGUAUGAUCAAGAUAUUUCUUGCGAAAGAGAACUUUAUGUCUUACACCGUAUGCUUGACACAGAUGUUUUUCUAUUACUGCUUUUUCUCAUUAGAGUCAUGUUCCCUCAGUGUACUUGCCUAUGACAGGUUAAUUGCGAUUUGUUUCCCACUGAGACAGAGCUCUAUCAACACAAACACCGUCAUGACCACUAUUUUAGUCACGGUUUGGUCAUUUUGCAUAAGUGUUACUCUGUUCUCAGUCACAAUCCAGACCAGACUGUCUUUCUGUAAUUCAGUUAUUGUGAAGAGCUACUUUUGUGACUACACCCCCGUGUACAAACUUUCUUGCAAUGAUCACAGAUUGCAGUGGGCCACUGCCUCUUCUCUGAGUAUAAUUAUUGUGUUUGGGCCCUUUAGUUUAGUCGUUGUGUCAUACGCCUGUAUUUUGACAGCCGUAUUUAGAAUGAAAAGCGUGGAGAGCCGCUACAAAGCACUCGCAACCUGCACAGAACAUCUCGUUCUAGUGGCAGUUUUCUAUGUGCCGAUCGUAACAGUGUUUACCAUUGAGCUUUUCUUUUCAGUCUUCCUAAUCGAUACGGAUGUCGCUACGUUGACCUUGUCGUUAGCCUCAUGCAUCCCGCCCUGUAUGAACCCCAUUGUGUACUCCCUGUCAACUAAAGAAAUCAAGAACAAAAUACUGGCUACGCUACAGAAAGUUAAGGUACCAUCAUGGGCAGGGCAGACAUAGACCCAAAGGUUUUAGAAAUUUUUUUUUUUUUUUUUAAAGCAUUGGUGUUUGGCCUUAAUGUUACAUGUCUGUGAGGUCAAACAGGAUGUAGUUCAAUUGUAAUUGUUGGAAAGAGUAGACCUCUCCCUCGAGUCCAUUUGUCAUUUCCCCUUUAGUGAUAGGAUUGAUAGGAUGUUAAUUGCUUAAUUGUAUUAUGCAGUACACCUGUAUGGAAGCACCUGUGUUCAUUAUAUUUCUCCAUUCAAUUAUUCAGGUUUUGCCCCCCCCAAACCCCCAAUAAAUAAAUAGAAAUCUUGUCUAUUCAACUCACAAGUGGGGGCUAAGUGUGUGUGCGUGUGUUCAGAUUUAGAUUCAGACACAGGUCUGGUUGCAAUCAAGCCUGGCUGACUGUGCAAUCAGCUGAAUAUAAUUUUUAAUUAAAUUUGGUUACUCGGUUGAUAGAGUAACUGAGGGAGCAACUACCUUCUCACAUGGAUGAUAUGGGUGUUUGAUAACUUUUUAAAAUUAAAUAAAUGGAAUAAUAAUCGUAACCCCUUCAUGCAAUGCCCUGGUCUUGAGAGUGAUCAACUCAGAUAUUCAGUACUCUUGCAACCAAUCCAUGAAUGGGAACAACAAACUGUUCUA